CACAUUUCAUAAUAAUAUAUUUAACGCAAAAUUCAAAUAAAAGUCUAAACAGAAUUUACUCAUCGAAUUAUCAUACAAGUAGCGUCAUCUAACGACGGGAGCACGAGACUUCGCAAAAGGGUUGAGACGAUUAAAGAGCAUUGCGAGAUUUAACAAUUUUCUAACCAAAAAAUUACGCGUAGUGACACUCGAGCGUGGUGCGAUCGUUUAGAAUCUAGUCCAGGGAAGGGAGAUGAGCGAUGCCGAGCUCCAGGAGGAGGAAAGAGAAGUGUUACUCUCGAUAUACGACGGCGAUCCAGCUUUUAAACAGUUGACACCCACAACAUUUCAAUACAAGUAUGGGGAAGAUAACGAUAUAAAAUCAUUUUUACUGGAAAUUUCAUGGGGCGCAACAUAUCCUACGGAAAAACCAACCAUCAAUAUGAAUACAUUUUACAAUAAACAUAUUGUGCAAGAGGUAAAGGAUAAGGUGGUGAGUCACAUAGAAGCAGAGGCUGAGCAGUGGUUAGGCAGUGCUAUGACAUAUACGUUAUUUCAGUCUGUCCAAGAACAUUACACAGACUUAAUGUGUAUGCAACCAGAUUCAAUCACCGACAUAAAUUUGCAGACUAAUAAGCUAAAAAUUACAGAAGAAAAUCAACAGGCUGAGGAAACAAUAAAGAAACCGAAGAAGGAACAUUUAAGUAAAGCCCAGAAGCGUAGACAGUGGAACAAAGCAGAUGGCAAAGGUGAAAGACAACGAGGAUGGAAUUGGGUGGACAUAGUGAAACAUUUGUCACAGACUGGACCUAGGACCGAAGAGGAAUCAUAACUUAAAAUCAUAAUAUUUUGUACAGUAUAAAAAAGACAUGUUAUAUUUUUAUAAAAUUGUUGGAAAAAAAUAAAAUAAUUUCCUUAUCUAUUU